UGGAAUGAUGCGCGCAACAUUCUGAAAUAAAUCUAGGUUAGAUGUGCAAUGUUCGUGUAUGUAUAAAAUAGCAGUGAAAAUACCAAAAUACUAAGUGUUUUCAAUACAUCAACGGGGGUGCACUGACCAGCACUGACAUCACAUUCGUUAUUCCACAAAGAUAUGGUGGACAUUGUUCCAAUAAAAGAAAUAGAUGCUUAAAGUUUUGAAUUUUCAACAAUACUUCAGUUCUUUAUUAGAUUUUUCAGUUUUCUUUAUUGGGGUUUUCAGUUUUUAUUUUUCGCAUUUGAAAAUGACGAAGUGUUGCGUUGAAGGAUGCAAGAAGAACGUAAAACCUCAGCACAGAUUUCCACGCGAUAGCAAAAAAUGUUUGAAGUGGAUACAGGCUGUAGGGAGACCCGAAUUUCUGACCAUGGAUCGGGACAGAUUAUGCAGAAUUUUUGUGAUUUGCGACGCUCAUUUCAGCGAUAGAUGGAAAAAAGUUCCGUUCAACAGUAAAACCAAUCUGAUUGAUUGUGCAGUCCCCGAAUUGUAUCUACCAGAGCCAUUAGAAAUCACAACUGAAGUUGAUGACACAAAUCAUGCAGAUUCUAUAAACAAAGAAUUUUCUCAACAAUGCGAAGAACACAAUUAUUGUAAACCAUUAAAAACAAAUAAUAUUCAACCUGGUCGGAAAUUGAUAGAUUCAUCAUUAAAAUCUAAACCUAGUUGGAAACUAGGAAAAACUGAUACAGAUGUUCAAUUACCAAGUACUUCUUAUUGGAAACCUGAGAAUUUAGAAUCUAAACCUAGUUGGAAACUAGCAAAAACUGAUACAGAUGUUCAAUUACCAAGUACUUCUUAUUGGAAACCUGAGAAUUUAGAAACUAACCAAAUAUCUGUCAUUGGUAUUAAUAGUAAACAGUCUCCACUGAAAGAUAUACCAAGUGUUGAAACUGUAAUAUUGAACCAGAAUAAAGAAGAAGACUUAAAUCCAAAUUCCAAUAUAUUAACGUAUAGUAUUGAAACCAUUUCGAAUCCAUCAUCUGUUUCACUUUUAGAUCAAUUAAAUUCGGCUGAUGCAGAUUUUCGAGAUUCUGAUGUGAAUAAUUCUGAUAGGACCGAAGUGACAAUCAUCACGGAAGGUUCGUUGUGUGGACAAACGUUGAAUGUUUUGACGCCAGACGAAUUGGAAGCGUUUCCGUCUAGUUCUACUUCCACUGAAACCUCAUCUACUUUAGGAAAGAAAGUAAACUUAAAACGAAGAAAUAAUGUGAUAUUUAAACGAAAAGACUUAAAGGGUAAUCUUGCUUUAAGGGUUUUAAAGGCGGGUCAAUUGCCAAGAUCUGGAACGAUAACCCCGAACAUCGGUUCUCUUCAUUUAAUUAAUAAGCAAUAUUUGUAUGCGUUUAAGAAUAAAAGAAAAAAGGUGUUGGGUAAGCGGAAAAAGUCAAAAGUUGUUUCCGCACCCUUUUCAGAAAGUUUUGAUGAAAGCAAUAAUGAUGAUACUACAUUGCCCUCAACUAGCAUAGAACAAGGGAGUUCAUCAGAAACUUCUAAUUAUACAUUAGAUACUAAAAGACUGCUCAGAAUGUGCAAUGUAUCGCGAAAGAAUCAAUUAUCUCCGACGGCUUUGAAACUGUACGAGGCGACGAACGUGUUGAAGAAGAAGCUGUCCAGAUUCAUGAUCGACAGGGAGAAGAAUAAGCAGAAGGUGAAAGAAGCCACCGAGUACAGGAAUUACUUCGAGAAUUGCCAUGGGAAUUCGGCGAUUGCGAACUUUUUGAUGUCGCAGCUGAGGCACCAUCGCGCCUCUCCUGGCGCAAGGAGAUUCUCCUUUGAUGAUAAGAUUUACGCGUUGUCCUUGCUCAAGCUGAACCACCAGGGUUAUAACCUGCUGCAAAACACGUUCGCCUUACCGUCGAGGAAUACGGCAAAGAGUUUGUUGAACAACAUCUCUGUACAUUGCGGCAUUAAUCAGAGAGUUAUGAACGCUCUGAAGCAGGCGGUUGAUGGUAUGAGUGCGAAAGAUAGGAAUUGCGUGCUGAUGUUUAAGGAGAUGCCUCUGGAGCCUACGUUAUCUUACAACAACAAAUUUGAUCGCAUCGAUGGACUGAAGCAUGACGGAGAGACCAAGGAAAAUCGUUACGCGGAUCAUGUCACGGUUUUCAUGGCCAAAGGAUUGUCCAGGCAGUGGAAGCAACCUGUGGCUUUCUUUUUCUCCGAACCACAAAUGUCCUCUUGCGAUUUAGCCAAGAAUAUAAAGGAUAUCGUUGUUGCUUUGCGCGGUGUAGGAUUACAAGUGCUUGCUACCGUUUGUACUGAUAUAGCGGUAAACGUUAAUGCAAUUAAUGAUUUGGAGAAUGCAAGUACAAUUCAUUUAGUCGAAAAUGGAUUGCUGUACGAAGGCGUAGGAUUUACCAUUGGUGAUGAUGAAGAACCUAUAGUUCCUCUGUUCGAUGUUCCGCAUAUGCUGCUAGGAUUGAGGAACAACCUUUUAAAUAACAAUUUAAGAUUUACGAUGCAAGGACAAAGCAUGUUUGCCUCGUGGAAUGAUAUCAUACAAUUUUAUGAAGAGGAUCAAACCAACGAAUAUCCUUUAUGCUACAAGAUAUCAGGCAAACAUAUCUAUAAGGAUAAAAUUGAUAAGUCGAGUGUGAAGAAUGCGGCUCAAUUAUUCUCGCUUAGGGUUUCCACGGCCAUAGGUAACGCGGCGAAUAUUCCAGGAAAUACUUUAUCGAGAACUUCCGCAGGAACUGCGAAAUUCAUAGGAUUUGUAAAUAACCUCUUCGAUAGCUUGAACUGUUCGUCGUUGCAACACGAAGAAUGGGCUCCACUGAAAGGGUGUGUCACGCCAAAAUCUCCACACAUGACUUUCUGGAAGGAAGCAAUUCAAAUUUUGAGCAGCGUCCGGUUCGCCACCUGUAACAAUAAAGAUACAGUCGCUGCGACUGUGGCGAACUGGAUUAAAACUAUGACCAGCUUCGAGUUUGUAUGGAAAACGCUCCAAAAGAGUCAAAUCAAGCAAUUGUCGUGCGCCAGUUUAAACCUGCAGGAGAUCGAGAACUUCUUCCAAAGCAUGCGGAAGAAGGGCGAACGCGAUUCCUGUCCGAACCCGAACUCUUUCAUAAGUUCCUACAAAAACAUGCUCAUCAACAAUCUCAUGUCUUCGGAUUCCCCCGGUUCGAACGGCGGAGAGAAGAAAGAACAGGAGAUGAUGCUGAGCAUCCUAAGGGGAUUGCUAGCAGAAGAACCUAAGGAUGCUCAGGAAGUAGAACCUUUACAAGAACCAUUACCACAUGUCGAAUUAACUAACGAAGCAAUCGAUCCAUACGCAGAUGACAUUGAGAAUGUUAUUGAGAAAUUGAUCAAAGCUGUUAAAGGAUGCGAAAAGUGUAAGGAAUCGCUCGUGUAUGUUGCAGAUUCCGAGUCGCAUCAGUCACUAAUGAAGUUACUUAUUAACACUUUCAACAUCACGAAUUGUCUGUUGCCAAACAUUUGUAAUCAUGAACACCUAAUGCAAAAAAUAUGUAAUCUUUGCAAAGACAAUCUCAGUAUGAUUGAGACGUGCAAAACCCACGACUUGUUCAACAUCGCGAUCGAUGCUUGCGUCGAAAAACAAGUUAUAUCUUGGAUUUCGAAAGUCAAUGACUUAUUGAAUUCCCAACGCAAUAAUAAUCCUUUGAAUGUCCAGGAUGGAAAUGUUGAUGCAAAGCAACAAAUUGUUCGUAAAACCGCAAAAAAAGAACAAAAGAACAAGAAAUAAAUGAGACUGUGUUACAACUAGAUCCAUUUUGAUAUCUUCCUACAUUUCAUCCUUAAUCUUUAAAAACACUGUUUUUAAAAUGAUUUACAGAAAUUCUACAAGAAAGGAUAUACGUAAAUGUUAAAUAUUAUUUAAUGAGAAAAAGCAGGGUUCUAUAUCGCAAUUUCCGACAACCGAAAGACCGUCUAU